AAAGCAAAAAUUGCGCGGAGCACAUCCCGACCCCGAGAAAGUGUGUAGAGAUUUAGAGAACCUUUUUGUCGGCGAAGCACCUCCGCCCCGAAUGCCACCAGAAACGAAAUUAAAAACGACCAAAGAUCCGCCGCCGCCGCCGCCGCCGCCGCCGCCAUCUCUGCUACCGGCUUAUCCGCCUGUUGCGCGGUAAAGAAAACAAUCACUGUUGAUCUCUAAUCCAGGAUUCUCUGUCCGGACUGGAAGUUGGAAAAGGGAAGAUUCGGAGGGGAAAAUGGCGGGAGCUGGCAGAGCAGCAGCAAUUGCGUCGUGCAAGUGGUGCAGAGCAGCUGAGGCCGGAAGGCUCCUCCCCUACAAUCAAAGAUUUACCUCCUCUUCCUUACGCCCUUUCCGUUCUGCUUCAUCUUCUUCUGUAUGCUAUUCUGAUUAUUAUUCACAGACCGAGCUUGCUCGGAGGAAUAAUUCGACGUCAGGGCGAACCCCACUUCGUCUCCACCUAAAUUCAUUUCCAGCUUAUUCUGUCUCCGUCCCGCAACCGAACAAAUUAAGCUUGAAUGGCCGCGUUUUCUACUCCAGCUCCUCAGCUGCUGCUCCCGACAACAAGGGCGUUAACGGCUCACCACCAGUCGCUUCUCCUAAACCACAGGAGGAGCAAGUCGCGGACAUGAAAAUCCUAAGGAGGCUGGCUACUUACUUGUGGAUGAAGGAUAACCUUGAAUUCCGCAUCAGGGUUAUCGCUGCGCUCACCUUUCUCGUUGGGGCUAAGGUCUUGAAUGUUCAGGUGCCUUUCCUUUUCAAGCUUGCUGUUGAUUGGCUGACCACUGCCACUUCCAAUGUCUCAGAACUUGCUUCCUUCACGGCUGCCAAUUCCACCCUCACUAUUCUUUUUGCUACCCCUGCCUCUGUCCUGGUUGGAUAUGGCAUAGCCCGCUGCACGGGAGCUGCCUUUAAUGAGUUGAGGACUGCUGUGUUUUCUAAGGUUGCUCUCCGCACCAUACGGUUGGUAUCGAGAAAGGUGUUUUCCCAUUUGCAUGACCUCGACCUCCGUUAUCACCUCAGCCGAGAAACUGGAGCGUUAAAUAGAAUAAUUGAUCGUGGUAGCCGUGCGAUAAACUUUAUCCUCUCCGCUAUGGUCUUCAAUGUUGUACCAACCAUCUUAGAGAUAUCUAUGGUGUCAGGUAUCCUGGCCUACAACUUCGGUGCACCUUUUGCAUGGAUCACUUCACUCUCUGUUGCUGCAUAUAUUGCUUUCACAUUGUCAGUGACACAGUGGAGAACCAAGUUUAGGAAGGCCAUGAAUAAGGCUGACAAUGAUGCUGGUACCAGGGCAGUUGAUUCUCUUAUCAAUUAUGAGUCAAGUAUUUCAACAACGAAGCUUAUGAAGCUGAUAAAUAUGAUGAAUUCUUAAAGAGAUAUGAAGAUGCUGCCUUAAAGACACAACGUAGUCUAGCUUGGCUCAAUUUUGGCCAGAAUGCAAUAUUCAGCACUGCUCUAUCAACAGCUAUGGUUCUGUGUUCAUAUGGGAUUUUGGAAGGCAGGAUGACUGUUGGUGAUUUGGUUAUGGUAAAUGGGCUGCUUUUCCAGCUGUCUCUUCCACUUAAUUUCCUGGGCAGUGUUUAUCGCGAAACUGUGCAGAGCUUAGUUGACAUGAAGUCAUUGUUUCAACUGCUUGAGGUGAGACCUGAGAUUACUGAUAAAGAAGGUGCAAAACCUUUGAAGUUAAAUGGUGGUAGCAUACAUUUUGACCGUGUGGCCUUCAGUACCAGCUGGAAAAAGUGUGGCCAUUGUGGGAACAAGUGGAAGUGGCAAGUCUACCAUUCUUAGACUAAUCUUCAGAUUUUUCGACACCCAUGCUGGAAGUAUACGAAUUGAUGGCCAGGACAUACGGGAUAUUGAAUUAGAUAGUUUACGGAGCUCUGUUGGCGUUGUCCCACAAGAUACUGUACUUUUCAAUGAUACAAUAUACCACAACAUCCAUUAUGGUCGUCUUUCAGCACGUGAAGAUGAGGUUUAUGAUGCUGCUCGACGUGCAUCCAUUCAUGAUACUAUUAUGAACUUUCCUGAGAAAUACUCAACUGUGGUUGGAGAACGCGGACUUAAGGCUGUGUGAUGAGGCAACAAGUGCACUUGACAGCACUACAGAGGCUGAGAUACUAACAGCGCUCAAGUCGUUAGCCAAUAAUCGUACUUCAGUGUUUAUUGCCCAUAGACUUACUACUGCAAUGCAAUGUGACGAGAUUAUAGUUUUGGAGAAUGGGAAGGUGGUUGAACAGGGACCGCAUGAAGUCCUCUUGACCAACGCAGGGAGAUAUGCACAGCUAUGGGGACAGCAAAAUAAUACUGUGGAUGUCAAUGAUUCAGCAGUCAAGCUGGGGGCGUGAUCACCUCUUUGUCUGCUAUUUUAGUCCUGCUUGCUUGAAAGCAACAUGCCGUUCUCUUCAUCUAUAUUAUUGAGCAAGCAUUGAUAGAAAAAUUACGGAGCAGUGGUUUUAUGUAGAAGCCUAAUGAAGCAACAUGCCGUUCCCUUCAUCUAUAUUAUUCAGCAAUCAGCAAGCAUUGUCCGAAAGAAUUAUGCGGAGCAGUGGCUGACGGCAUCAUGAUUUGUGGUGAGUGAAUGUGUACCAAGGCAACAUAGCAAUUAUCAGACGAAACCAAUGCCAUGCUUAUAUUGAAGAUGUGUGCCGGUGAUAUCAUGUUGAGAUAUGUAUUGGCACAACCUCUUUGUCAAUCACACACAUAAAGAGCCACAAUAAACUUCUUCAGUGUAAAGUGACGAAGGGCCCAUUGCUGACGAUGUUUUCUUGUACUAUUGAAUUUACAAAUUUGAAUAAUAAUUAAAGUUUUCUGGACAACUACUGUGUAUCUAUACUUGCAUGUGUUGAAGUCUGGAAAGUUCAGGCUUGGCAAUGCAUUUUUUGGUGUCUUUCUGGUGAGCGCCACAUCUUUUGAGUAUCUGAUGCAUCAUUACGCCUGUAUGGCAUGCAAGCAUUUUGCUGAGGCAUAUUAAUGUAUGUUUGUAGUUCAUUGUUGUCAUUUGGUUUGCUUGCACUGUGCUCUUUCCUGAAAAUUCGCGCUCAUAUUCGCUUGAUUUUACAUGGCAGUUUUUGAAUACGUUUGAGCUGACCUAAGUGACUUUGUCUUAUAUAUAAAGCCUUUCCUACUGUAGUUACAUUGUGCCAGAUGUGCAAUUUUUUUGUUGAAAAAGGAGUCAAUAAGUAAUUGAAUCACCGUACAGUUGUCGAGUUGAUUGCCCCACGUAACAGCCGGAUCACCAUUCACCACACGGAUUCUGAGUGCUUGAUCUAUAAGAGUGGUCUGAUUUUUAUGAGACCGUCUUGAUUCUAGAUAUCAGAUCUGUUUUGGAAAGAGAAUUGGGUUACUGUGAUUUCCAAGACAUCAAGGUUGCAGAGCAUCAGCAGCUUCUCUGUGUAUUCAACUAAUUGUUUUAAGAAGAAUAUUCAAUCUUGGAUAUCUUCUCGCUGGACAGGGGUUGAGGGGAUAUUUUGGGAGCUGAUCAAGGGAUUUUAUCAGGGACUUCAAAUGUUAGGACAUGGUGAAUGCGCCAUAAGGCUCAGACCAGCCAUCAUCUGAGCUGUCAUUAAAUUCCCUGGUUUACAUUUUAGAAAAAAGUUGAACCAGGUGACAUGCAGUUGAAAUCCUAGUCUGUUGUUGGGUGGAUAGCAAUAAGUUCUACUUCCAUCACAACCCUCCAGAAAGCCGACACAAGAAAAACUCCGCAUAGGUUGCUUCGGAUUCAAAAUCAGCACCAUCAGUUACUGGAAGAGUAAAGCUGCAGUUUCAACCGUUACGACUGUGUAGAAGAUGUCCAAGGUGGAAGCAAGAGGAAAAAGGAGGAGUGCCAGAAUAGUGGCUCUGGAGGAGAAAGCUCGUGCACUUUCUCUUCAGAGAGCAGAAUCAAAAACCCUAUCCGACAGUGGUAGUGCUAGCUGUAAUGCAUCAUCAUCAUCAACAGCAGCAGCAGCAACCAAAAAUAGGAAGAGAGGCCGCAAGCGCAAAAGUCUCCAUGAUGUUCACUUGGGUGCUUCUGCCUUUCCCCAGGAACAAGAAAUGCCAGAAUAUGAUGGCAUGUCAAUUAAACAUGGGGGGCGCUUUUUUGAAGCCAAUUGGCCAUCUAAUCAAUUGAUGCCAAACAAAGGAGCAUUGGAGUUUAUCCUUGACGUACUUCAACGGAGAGACGUACAAGAGUUGUUUGCAGAGCCGGUUAACCCUACAGAGGUGACUGGCUAUUACGAUGUUGUCAAGGAGCCAAUGGAUUUUGGAACAAUGAGGGCUAAACUUCAGGAAGACAUGUAUACAAGCUUGGAACAAUUUGAGCAUGAUGUUUUCCUGGUGUUCAGUAAUGCUAUGAGAUUCAACGUGUCAAAUUCAGUAUAUUAUGAAGCGGCAAAAGAUCUCAGUAUAUUGGGGCAGCGGCUUUUCCAUUCUCUCAAAACAGAACCAAGGAAUUUCGACUACAUUUACACACGGACAAGACAGCAGAUGUCAAACAAAGCCCAAGGUGAAGCUGGAGGUCCACUUGCUAAGCUUAUGAAAAGUGGUGGCGCCAGAGGUGGUAUUUCCCUAAAUGAUUCCAACAGAACUGAUCAAAAGUAUCUUGCUCCAUGGCAUUCAAAACGGCACACCAAUCAAUCGACUGGUAAAGUUUCUGCAGGGUCAAGAGAAGGAAGCAGUUUCCUGUCCCCUGAAACGGAAAGGCGUAGCACGUACAUUUCUCAGAUUACCUGGCUGAACAAGGAGAAGCCAAUUGUUUCAGCUGUCUAUAAUAGCCCAAAAUCGCUCACAGAUGCUUCUGAUGCUGGCAUGCGGUACAGAGAAAGUCUGAACAAGUUUGUAGAAGAUUUGGGUCCAAAAGUUAAAGCUGUUGCUGAUAGGAAACUAGGGAAGCAGCCUGUUGAAGCUUUGAGUAGCAUGUCAUGGAAUCCAACCUUUUCUAGUCAGCCCACAAAUCUUUUGGAGCCUGCAGCAGGAUAUUCAUUAUUCGGACGUACUGCUUCUGAGAAUCUUGUUCGGGAUGGACAAAUACGUCGUAGUUUUACUGCUAACUCGUCUAACUCCUUCAAAGGAAAGAUGAUAUGCAUGGAUGCAUCAGGAAUGAGCAGUCACAACGUAUUGGGAAGAAGACAGCAACCCAUCUCUGGUUAUAGAAGUGAUUCAUCAGCUGUAGGCAAGUUACCCUUCGGGCAUAGCAGUUAUGGAGGAGACAGUUUUUCCAACAGAAACCUGGAUAUUUCUGGUACAUCCGAGGAGAAAACAACUGCCAGGAUUGGUAAUAUGGACCUUCUUCUUGCAACAAUCGUACAAGUGAGUGCAAUGCAACGUCGAAACUCACGUUGUCCAUCAGGUUCCUACUUCCCUCUUACGGGGAAUGGACCUCCUUCGUCGGGAUCCCUCUUCCCAUGUUGGGGUAACGGAGGGCCUCUAGGGUUUCAGCCAUCUCAAAUGUUGUUGCCACUAACAAGCAAUUCUUCAAAACCAGCUGUUUCCAGUAAUGGAGCAGGUAAGAGUCAGUUCACGACCUUCUUGCGUGGAGUUGAGCCUCGACACCACCAAACUGUGGAGGGGACAAGCAAAGCUGGUAGCGUACUGGAUCAGAGGUUGAAAGGCAAAACUGUUUACCCAGUGGAUUUUAGCCAACUCUUAUCGUGGACAACUCAAGGAGCAACCUCGCAAGGGCCUAAUAUAAAAUCGGUUGCAGUGCCACCACGUGGGGACCAACUAAAAGCUUCGCCCAGCCGAGAAAAGGAAUUGUUCCAGACAACAUCCAUGUUUGAUGGAGCAAAUAGAGACAGCAGCCAACAAGCAAAGCCGCGGUGGAUGGCAUAUGAUGGGGGUUCGUCCUCUUCAACUGCUGCUGCUGCUGCUGCUGCUCCACCAUCCUUCAAAAUCGGGCAUCAGCAGCCUGAUUUGUCGCUUCAACUUUGAGUUUUUUGUGAUCUUGGAUGAGAAACUGGCGGAUUAUUUUGAGACGUAAUGUUGAUGAAUGUUGUUAUAGUAGUGCGUUAAGUCUCUUUUCCUCCUCUUGAAAUGGUAAUUGUUGGCACUGCGAUCGGUCAUAAGCUUUAGCUGGCGUUAGUGAGUGUCUGAUCUAUCAGGUCCAUUGCCAUGCUUUAGUUUGGGAGUCUGAAAUCUGCUAUGAGUUUACGGAUUUUUGUCAUAGAUAUCGCAGAAGAGGAAAAAGCAUUUGCAUGGGGAGGAAUUUUACUAUUGUUUAAAGGGGUUAUAGGUAUAAUAUGCUCCUCAACUAUGUCAUUUUAUCAAACAUGCCCU